AUGAGGGCAUGCGACCUCUGCCGAAAGAGGAAGAAGCAAUGCAAGCUUCAGGAUGGCGCGUCGUCCUGCAUGACUUGCCAAGGACUAGGUAUCUCCGCAUGUACCUUUUUAGAGCCUCCCCCGCCCAAGAGGCGUGCAAUAGCUCCCGAUGAGUCUGGAAAGCUCAGUGUUGAGCAACAAAGAGCGACCGCACCCAACACUUCUAGACCAGCUCGACCGCAGAGACUCGCAUCAACGUCACCUUCUCAACUUCCAUCCAAGCAUGAUGAUGGACAUCCUUUCAAUUAUCCACAUAAUUCACUGCUUACAUCAACACUUGGCCUCGAGAAGGGCCGGUUCUCCGAGCUCAUUGGACCCGGAGGAGAACAUGACUGGCAAUUACUUCGCAGUUGUUCUAUUGGACAGUCAGAACAAGCAGCUACCACUGACCAGGGCGUUACUUCUCUACAUGCCUCCGGUGCGAGAGCAAUGCGUAAAGUCCGUGAAGGGGUAUUGUUUCAAAUGAUCCCGGAUACGGCAUCUGGUCAGCAAGCAGGAAAGAACGAAAAGCCCGACGCAGUCGACAUUGAUAGCAUAGAAGCACUUGCCCAUCCUCAUGGACCUGCUUUAGUCAAUCUGUACUUCCGCAUUAUCCACCCAUCAUUUCCAAUCCUUCAUAAGGAAGUCUUUAUCGAAAAGUACAACCGGACUUAUCGAGAAAUUGUGCCACAUUUACUGGCGGCUGUCUACGCCCUUGCUGUGCGCUGGUGGCCUUAUGAUGCAGACCUUCUUCUGGCGGAGAAGGUAGACGAGGCUGCUCUUGUCAAGAUCGCUUAUCAAUCCGUGCAGGAUGCAAUGCACCGUCCACGGCUGAACACCAUUCAGGCCGGGCUUCUACUCUUACAACGAGGUCGAGACGCUUCCUCACCGGACAACUCUUGGACGUGGGCGUUCACAUCUUCGCUUAUCGGGUUGGGUCAACAUCUAGGACUUCAUCUAGACUGUACUGACUGGACUAUACCGGAGUGGGAAAAAGGCCUUCGAAGAAGACUGGCCUGGGCAUUAUUCAUUCAAGAUUCCUUCUCUGCAAUGGUAUUCGGCCGACCUUGUCUUGUUUCGCCGACUGAGUGGGCCGUUAUGCCUUUGCAGGAUCGUGACUUCUCAGAGAACACUGAAGACGAGUCUGCCAGCAGACAUGGCGGUGGUAGUGCGAGCAUACAACAUGGAAAGCUUCUGUUCAUUGAACUUGCUAAACUGAGUACGAUCACGGCUCGUGUGAUGCGUCAAUUAUACUCUGUCCAGGCUAUGGCCACCAUUACCCAGCCUCAGCAGGUGCUCGCCCUUUCAAAGCCCAUUCAGGAUGACCUAGCCAAUUUGCUCAAGAGCUUAAAUCCCAAUCUCAACGUGGAUAACCUCCAGCAAGGCCGGCUUUGCGUGAACGGCCUUUUCCAUCUCGCCCUUCACGCUACCACCACCGUCCUCCAUCGUCGAAUGGUAUGGGCAAUCCAAGGCUGUUCUUCCGGUAUAGACCCUCACUUCACCCAGUCCCUUCGAGCCUCCCAACGACGGCAUGUGUAUAAUCUGGUGCAGCUCAUGUCUCGGUUACAACCCGAGCACAUGGAAGCGUUCUGGUUCUCUGCUGCCGGUGGCUGUGGCGUGAUUCUUGGUAGUUUUCUGGGACUUCUUCGGGUGACCAGCGCGACUUUCGAGGAAUCUGAGGAGCUCAAGGGUCUCAUGAAUGACUUUGAAUGGCAACUUCGAAUCAAGGCGAAAAUGGGCGAGUGGGUUCUAUACACGCUCACGCGAUUAAAGGCCCUGGGCUGGGACGAGUGGAAGUCACUGGAGCUUGAGCUUGGCGCCAUUGCAACGAAUGAUUACCGGCAUGAGACCAAUAUGGCAGACACAGAAGUUCGGGCUGACCUCCCGUUUGCCUCAGCGAUGGAUAACGGGUUAUCGAUCGUGACGCCAGAAGAGAACAAUUCCACCUCAUGGCUAACGGAGGAUCUUGGGGAGUUCAUAGUCCCGUCUUGGGAAUUUGGAGGAUCAUGA